AUGGCUCCCCUCAAGCUUUGUACCAAGAAUCUGUCGCAGAUUGCGUCGGCAGCGAAGGCCAUCCAGGUCCCUACCUACAAGCGCGGUGCGGCUGUCAAGGAGGGCAUCGUCCACGUUGGCGUGGGCGGUUUCCACAGAGCCCAUUUGGCUGUCUACGUUCAUGAGUUAAUGCAGAAGCAUGGUGUCACCGACUGGGCCAUCGCCGGGGUGGGUCUGCAGCCAUUCGACACUGCCAUGCGUGACGCCCUCGGUUCCCAGGACCACCUGUACACCGUGAUCGAGCGCUCCGCCAAGGGCAGCUCCGCGAACGUGGUGGGCAGUAUCAAUUCCUUCCUGUAUGCUCCGGACAACCGCGAAGCUGUCAUUGCGAAGAUGGCCCACCCGGAUACCCACAUCGUCUCGCUCACCAUCACCGAGAGCGGUUACUUCUACAACGAAAACACCCACGAACUGCAAAGCGAGCGCCCCGAAAUCCAGCACGACCUUGAUCCCGCCAACGAGAAGGCUCCCGCCACCAUCUUCGGUUUCCUCUAUGCCGCCCUCGCCCGUCGCCACCAGCAAGGUCUCAACCCGUUCACGGUCCUUUCGUGUGAUAACAUGCAGAAGAACGGUGCCAUCACCCGCCAUAUGCUUCAGUCUUUUGCCCAGUUGAAGAAAAACCCUGAGGUUACCGAGUACAUUGCAAAGAAAACGCACUUCCCCAACGCCAUGGUCGACCGGAUCACUCCCUCUACCGGAGCCGCCGAUAAGGUGGCGCUUGCUGAAGAUUUCGGAAUCGAGGACGCCUGGCCAGUCGUUACCGAGCCCUUCAUGCAAUGGGUGGUUGAAGAUCAUUUCUCCGAUGGCCGUCCCCCAUUCGAGAAGGUCGGCGUCCAGGUUGUUAAAAAUGUCCACGAUGUUGAGCAGUUCGAGAAGCACAAGCUGCGCCUGCUCAACGGCAGUCACUCCGCCAUUGGUUAUGCCGGUUCAAUGGCCGGCUUUAAAUACGUCCACGAGGUUUUGGAGCACCCCGAGUACCGCAAGUUUGUGUGGCAAAUGAUGCAGGAAGAAGUCAAGCCCUUGUUGCCUGAUAUUCCCGGGGUCGACAUUGAUAAGUACUGCGAAACUCUCAUGGAACGUUUCUCCAACCCUACCAUCAUGGAUCAGCUUCCUCGCAUCUGCGUGAACUCAUCGGGCAAGAUUCCCCAGUUCAUUAUGCCCUCAAUUGCCGAGCAGAUCUGGGUUACCGGCCCCUUCCGUCGUUUAGUCUUCACUGCGGCGGCUUGGUUCCGCUACCUCCAGGGCUUUGACGACACUGGAGCUCAAAUUCCCAUCGAUGACCCCAUGCGGGAGGAGCUGAUGGCCAAGGCUAUCGCCGGCGGUACCACCCCGCACGAACUGCUCAGCAUCAAGAACCUGUUUGGUGACGAUUUGCGCAACGACGAGCGAUUUAUCCGUGAGAUCACCAAAGCCAUGGAGGACAUUGCUCGGGACGGCGUCAUGAAGACGCUCCCGAAGUACGUUGACUAA